GGUAUAGGAACCUGUAUAGGAUAUACACAGUGUAUGUACUGUAUGUGUAGGGUCUCAAUAAUUUUCCUGCAUUUUUUUGGGUUAUGUGAAGUCUGUAAUAAUCGGUGGGAUAUUGGUGUUUUUUUUUUUUUUCAUAACUCGUCGUCUAGGGUUGUAUUUUAUUCAACUUUGUGACCGUAGCCCAAGGCAGAGCUUGCUCUCAGAUUGGAUGAGCUCCGGAAAUCCGAGUGAGCGACUUAUGCCCACAAUUUAGUUCGGUCCAUGUUGGUCAAGGGUCUCAGGCCGUGAGUGCUGAGGAGCACGGGGCGUCUUGAACUUCGCUGUGAAAUUGCAGUUGUGACAAAGUGCCAACUCAAAGGCAGAUGCUGGAUGUGUGGUGAGAUGCAGCGGGAGUGCCGCUCUAGGCUCUGGAGAUCCACCAAAAUUCUGUUUGCCGGGGUUCCUCACAAAAACCAGUGAGCAUGACGCAAGCAUAAAAAUGGAUGUGUUGAGGAAACAGAAGAUGUCACGGCACCCCACCCACCCUUCCUCUCAACAUGACCUUAACCUGGCGAGUGAUGUUCACUAGCAAAAUGGUGCAAUCGAGCAAGAAGGCUGUGCUUUCAUAACCACACAUCUAUAUCUAAAGCUCUUCAUCUGUUGCUGAUGCACUUCGGUUUGCUUGCAUUUGUGCGUCACUUUGCGACAAAGCACCCGCUAAAUGUGUAAACGUGUAAAUGUACUUCCGGACUAAAUGCUGAAGUGGCAAAGGUGAUCGCACUUCUGUCCAGUUGGCUGGUUGUUAAUGCCCACGUUAUUUCCUGUGUCUGUCGUCAAGGACAGACACGAGGUUGGACAGAAACCGAUUUCCUGUGUUUAUGUCAGAUAUUUUCUCUGGUAGUUUUUCUUGACAGCAAGGUAUUUUCAUGAAGCAUUUCCUAUUGAGUGGCCUAUGCAAAGAUUCAACAGUAGGGCCCAUUACUGGGCUUGAACCAGCAACACCAAGGCCUUUAAUUCUACCCCACCCACUGUCCUGCAGCAGGCCAUGUCUGUCUGUUAAAUAUGGAUUUUGUCUUAGACAAAAGGUUGUGCAAAAGCUGAAAAAGAAUGGUUUGAAUCUCAGACCGAACGGUCGGCAGCUCAAGAGCAGUGCAGAAGUCUUAUGAAAAUGGAAACCGCUCAUUUGCUGUUGCAACGGCAAGUCUCCCUCACAGCUCCUGUGUUUGCUCUCUUUUGUCAUGCCGGUGUCAACUGUCAGGUGUGUCCAGCAGUUUUCUUCUACCGGCUCCUGGGGGAAACUGACCCUGAACUGUGCUUGACCUAUUGUGUGUGUGUGUGUGUGUGCGCGUGUGUGUGUGGGUGUGUGUGAGAGACAGCACACUGUUCCCUUUGUAUCGUCACAACUGGGUAUAGUAGGCGAUUGUACUUGAAUAGAUUCCUUCUAAAAAAUGCUGAGCAAAAUAUGUGUGGUUUUUUUGUACUUUCAGUAUGACUAGUUUUAUAGCCUAACGUAGAAUAACAUACCAGCAAAGAAAAAAAAAAAAAACAGCUCCAAAUAUGUCAGAAUGAAGCGGAAACAACACGUUUUCAUUCUGUGUUUCUCCUUCAAGAUGUUUGACAACUGUGUUUGCAAAUUAAGGUUUGCCAUUACCUUACAUUAGGUUUAAAAAAGAAAAUAUGCACCAGACUGUGUCUUUUGUUGUUUGAGGGGGGUCGAAUGUAAUACUGUAAAUGAAGCGCACACCGGCUGUUAACCAAUCAAAGUUCUUAUUGGCUGUUAUUAUUAUUAUUAUUAUUAUUUAUGUUUUUUUUUUUUUUUUAAAUGUGUUACUGUGUUUCCAGGCGGUUGCCGGGACAGCUGUCAUCUCCGCGGGGCUGGUGAAGGUGGGGGGCAGUGUCAUUUGGAUUACUUUGGAAAUUAAUUUCAUCAGGGAAAAUGCUGCUUUGGCUUAGAGGCCCGUGCUCUUAAAAGGGAUGGGGGUUGGGAGAAGAGCUGCUCGGAAGUGCGUCCUCACCGCAGCAAGGUCUUCGCCAUUGUCUCUGUCCAUUGGUGAAUGUUUAGACACGUGUCCUUAGGUUUUCAGUAUUCCACAACAGUGUCGGCCAAGUAGUAUGCUAGUUGUUGUAUAUCAUUGGAUUAAAGUGUCUGCUGUAUCAUAAAUGAAGAGGUAAAUGUGUUGAGUAGACAGAUGAUGUUUGUCUGAGUUGUGGAUGCUGCCCAUCUCUGUUGGCUGGCACAUAGGAAUGCCUUGGACAGCCAUGCUUUAUCUUGUCCCAGAGGUCCCAUUUCUGGCUGAGGUCAACGUUCGGCGAUGUCACCCGUCCAAGAAAACGUGGGCUUGGCUGCUGUGGUUAGUCAGGACACCAUAGACUGCUGCAAGGAAGGCGUCGUGCUCGCUGUGCAGAGCUCGUGGUGUCUGCCUUACUUGGACACUGGCCCCUAUCCAGCUGUAACAUCCUCACUGUUAACACAGCAAAGCGCUGAAGAUCAGUGACCAGUACAAAGUGUGAGUCCACCUGGUGAACAGCUGUAUUGAAUGAACUGGACAGCCAGUUCAUUCAAGAGUGAAAUCCAGUCGACACACAAGUGUCCCACAUCUCUUUGACCUUCUGGAGAAGAUGUGUGAAGACACUGCACCUCGAUUGCUCAGCCAGCUUCUUAAUGAAAUACCUUGUGAUAAAUUUGUUUCCUACAAUGUGUCCUCACACUGUUUCACUGGUACUGCACCAGUAACCGGUGUGUGUUUUUCCAACAGACCUGCACGUGCAUGUUAUUCCUAGAAAUGGAGACGCAUGGUGAACGUGUGGUAACUGGGAUGUUAUUGUUCAUCUGUCUAUUAAUCACACUGGGAGCUCGGUCAGUGCACCUUCCAUCGUGCUCUAUCCACAGGGCUUCAUUUCUAAACGAAACAAGGUGCAGCUUGGCAGGGGUUAGGCAGUGGGAUCGCGGCCGAGGUGCUUUGCCAUGACAGGAACAGGCUCCUUUGCGUUCUGGCAGCCGGGAUUGCUGAAAAUCCUGUUUGGCAUUUGUUUGCAAAGAGCAGCGAGCGGAGCCUCCAGUGGGAUGGACUCCGGUGCAGUCGCUGUGUACUGACGGGGAGCUGUUUCCGUUCUUCCGUCCGGUGGCACCCUGAAGGGAUCAUAGCUUUCUCUUCUCUUGGCUUUUGGGAGGAGAUCGGAGUCUCCAGAGAGCAGUCGCCAUGCCGAGGCUCUUACCACUUCGACGAUACUCUAAUUGGAGAGUACAGUUGACCCUCCCAUAUCGUGGCUUUCCAAAUCGCAGCUUCGAUUUUUCGUGGGUCAGCAACAAACAAUUAAAUGGGAAUUUCUUGGGAGCUCUGCGGCCUUCUGCGGGAAACCGCAUAGCACUGCAGACGAAGCACGUACCAGAAGAAAAGAAAAUGAUAAAGAUGCGGCGGCACAGGGUGUUCUUGCUUUGCACUGUGGGCCUGUGUGUGAUUUCCUUCUUGCACUACUACAAGGCCCUGCAUUACGUCUCCCUGCUGAGGGAGCUCUCUGCCCCUUAUCCCAACAUCAAGUCCUUCAUCAUGGUCACUGGUUUCUUCUGGAAGGAAGAGCCCAAACCUAUCUCCAGCGCUCACCCCAAUGAGGGACCACCCCCAGUUCUACGGCCUUCUGACCAUAGAGAUUGGGGUCCCAGAGUCGUGGAGCAUGAGGCAGGGGUGAAACCACAUGUGGAAAAAGUUGUCAGAAUGUCAGAAGUAUGGCGAAGAGAAGAGGAACCAAAGCAAAAAGAGGUGGAUGCUACUGAGGAGUUGAAAGUGAAAGAAAUACAGCAGAACCUUAAGGUGCAACAGAAGAAUGCCAUACCUCAGUAUCCCGGCAGUCCCAUUGAAGCAAGAGCUGGUCGCUUUGGUGAAAAGGUGGUAGCGAUGAAGCAAAAUCACCCUACUACCACCCUCCUGGGUCCCAUGGGAACCCCUAGAGACCUUCAUCUACUCCAUUUCCAGCUGCGUGACGACUCAACACCCUACUUUGUUCACACCAAAGCUGGAGCACUUUGUUUCCGACAGGGGACUGAAUUAGCCACUCCCAGGGACAGUUUAGCAGGAGGAGGUGGUACUGCAGCAAGUCGCAGGAUCUUGGAGGUCCAGGAGGCUGUUGUCCUGCCACAGGUUAAACCCAAGAGAGGUAAACGGUUGGUGAAGUGUGUAUGCCGCCCAGGUUGGCAUGGUCCCUAUUGCGGUGUCCCCACCAUGGUGUACCACUCCAGUUUGCCCACCAAGGAACGAUUGACCCCCAGAGAGGUGCCCCGCAGAGUUAUCAAUGCCAUCAAUGUUAAUCAUGAGUUUGACCUCCUCCAUGUUCGCUUCCAUGAGUUGGCCCAGGCAGUGGACCUGUUUAUAGUGUGUGAGUCCAAUUUUACAGCCUAUGGAGAAGCAAGGGCUUUGCAGUUUCUGCAUCUCCUCCUUAAUGGUACCUAUGACUACAUACGUCACAAGAUUCUCUACGUCUUUCUUGAUCACUUUCCUGAGGGUGGACGGCAGGAUGGCUGGAUCGCAGAUGACUACCUGCGUACCUUCCUCACUCGCAACGGGAUAUCCCGCAUUGACAAUCUGCGCCCUGAUGAUGUUUUCAUCAUCAAUGAUGCUGAUGAAAUCCCAGCGCAGGAAGGUGUCCUCUUCCUUAAGUUGUUUGAUGGCUGGACAGAACCCUUUGCUAUCCAUAUGCGGAAGUCGCUCUAUGGCUUCUUUUGGAAACAGCUGGGCUCCCUGGAAGUAGUGUCAGGGUGCACCGUGGGAAUGCUGACUGCUGUGUACGACAGAGAUGGUAUUAAGUUGCGACGAAGGGAUUACUACACCAUGCCAGGGUUCAGGAAGUAUGAGAAUGACACGGGCCACAUCCUUGUACAAUGGUCCAUUGGGAGUCCUUUCCACUUUGCAGGUUGGCAUUGUUCCUGGUGUUUUACCCCAGAGGGUAUUCGCUUGAAGCUCAUCUCUGCUCAGAAUGGUGACUUCCCUCGCUGGGGGGACUAUGAGGACAAGCGGGACCUCAACUACAUCCAGGAAUUGAUCCGAACUGGGGGCUGGUUUGAUGGAUCGGUUUUGGAAUACCCUCCAACGGACCCUAAGGAACAUAUGUAUGCCCCCAAGUAUAUGUUGAACAAUUAUGACCGCUACCGCUACUUGCUUGAGAACCCAUAUGCUAAGGAAGGCAAGGUAGCAGAAGGAUAACUUGUUUGAGGUUUUGACGAAGGGAUUAAGCGCAAGCAUUAUCCAAAUGUGGAGAAAGCGCCCUCAUUUUCAGCUCACCUUAAACCUGUCCACCUUCCUCCUCAUUUCCCUGGUCGAGAAUGGAAGGCUGAUGGUUGUGGGACUGACAGAGUGCUGGGUGCUGACAUAGCAGGAAGAGUCGGAGUCUACGUAUCUACUGCAGUAUGCUUCAGCCAGUCCUCUUUAAUGUUUCUUGUUGUGUGUAUUUCUCCUCCUAACUAUCUGUAAAUUUACAAUGGACUUUGUUGUACAGUGAGCUGUUUCUUGUAAUGCUUCUGGAUUAUUCUGUCUUCAAUUUCCAAGUGAGGUUUUUCUCAAAAUUAUGUUGAAAUAACCAAACAACCUCUGAAAGGGCAGGAAUGGAGGCAGGAAGCAGAAAAUUAAAAAGGAAAGAGUC